AGUGUUUUGUCUUUUACACACACUACAUACACAGGUCACUAGGUCACAGUGUCACAGUCUAUGACAUGGUACUAAAACGAUUCGUAAAGGUUCAUAGGAAAAAGUAUCGAAUUUUUAAGUCCAAAGAGAUAUAACUAGUUGAAUUGGCAUCAUGGACUUUGCUACAGGAUGUCCUAGGAAUGAGAGGCAUCAGCAUCGUGGUAACCCUAGCCAACCCUCUGUGGUCAUGGUCGAUAACACGAAAGAUCCAGAACUUGAAGCAGCUACUGCUAUGUCUAAUUUAAAAUCUACUAGUCCAAGUACCAGUAAUAAUUCAACAGUAAUAGAUUCUGGAACGGCUACUAAAUCAUGUGGUAUAUGCUAUGAUACAGUCGUGGAAAAACCAAAUCGAAAAGACCAAUUAUUUGGAAUACUUUCCAAGUGUAACCACUGCUAUUGUUUCAACUGUAUAAUGAAAUGGAGACAAAGUAAAGAGUUCGAAUCGGAUGUGUCGAGAGCUUGUCCUGAAUGUAGAAAACCAUCUGACCAUGUGUAUCCCAGUAGAAUUUGGUUCCAUAACCAACAAACCAAAGACAAUUUUAUGACCAAGGAAAAAAAUCGAAUGCGAGGAAUCGAUUGUAAAUAUUUUAAAAAGGGCCACGGCAAUUGCCCAUUUGGAAAUAAAUGUUUGUACUUGCACGCUAUACCUGAUGACACCAAAUUGGAUGUGGGUUCACCAGAGGUUCGCAGAAAUAGAGAAGGGCUUCACAAUAAUGACCCGUCGUAUCCAGUUCUCGAUUUGUUAAACGAUGAAGAUCUGGAUUCCGACGAUAAUUCUGUCUUUGAUGAUGUGAAUUUAGACGAUCCUGAAAUAGCGAUGCCAAUUUCCCAUAAUGACGAUAAUCAUUAUUUAGAUGAUGAUGAUGAUAAUGAUGAUGAUGUGGUUAAUGAUGAUGUGGUUGAUGAUGAUGAUGUGGUUGAUGAUGAUGUGGUUGAUGAUUAUGAUGUGGUUGAUGAUGAUGUGGACCUAUAUGAUCCUGAGAUAGCGAUGCCAAUGUUCGAUGACGAGAGUAAUCAUUAUUUCGAUGAUGAUGAUGUGGACUUAGAUGAUCCUCAAAUAGAGAUGCCAACAUUCGAUAACGAUGAUAUUCAUUAUUUCAAUGAUGAUGAUAUGGUUGAUGAUGAGGUGAACUUAUUAGAUACUGAAACUGAUGAACUUGAUGACAUAAUGAAUUUUAUGUUUCUUGAUUAGCUAUUUUCUUUUUUUAAUUAAUAUCUAUAAAAUUGAAGGAUACAGUAUUUUCAUAAUAGUUUUUCGUUGAAUAUUUACGCAGGGUAAUUAUUACAUUUACAAAUAACUAUUUAUUUUCGUAUGGCGUCUAAAGCUGUGAUAACUAUUUUUUUCGAUUUAAUUUGUUACUUUGCCUUAAC